AUGGCCGCCGAUGUGGGAUCGAUGUUUCAAUAUUGGAAGAAAUUUGAUCUACGGCGGCUUCAGAAAGAGCUGAACUCGGUGGCGUCGGAGCUGGCCGGAAGACAGGAGGAGAGCGAAAUUUCCCACAAACACCUGCUGGAGCUGAGCCGCGAGUUCAAGAGAAAUGUCCCCGAGGAAGUUCGGGAGAUGGUGGCCCCUGUUCUCAAGAGUUUCCAGGCCCAGGUGGUAGCGCUUAACAAGAGAAGCAAGGAGGCGGAGUCUGCUUUCCUCGGAGUCUACAAACAGCUGAUCGAAGCCCCAGAUCCAGCCCCCGUGUUAGAGGCCACACACACUCUGGAGGAGCGGCUUCAGCAGCUGCACAGCUCAGAUCCCGGCAGUCGGCCCCUGGUCGUGGAGAUUAGCAGGCACUGGAGAAGACACCUGGAGUGUCUUGCCAAACCAGACAACACGGAGGAAGUGCCAGCCGGAGUGGCAGGGGGGGCAUCGUCACGGGAACCCUGCGCGACCCCCCCCAACAGCACACAUACGCUCAGAGGCGCAGUGUCUCCCCAGCUCAACCACGAUGGCCGGAGAGAGGGGGACACUGAGGAGACAGAGACCACCUUGGCUGUAAGACUUGGGGAAGCUGAAGAGAAGAUCAGAGUGCUUCACUCAGCCCUGACCACCACCCAGACGGAGCUGCUGGAGCUACGGUGUAAAUACGACGAGGAGAUGGCCUCCAAGGCCGAAGAGGUCAGCCUGAUCAUGGCGAACCUGGAGAAGGCCAACCAGAGGGCAGAAACGGCCCAGAGGGAGGUGGAAAGACUGAGAGAACAGCUGGCCAGUGCCAACAGUGCUGCCCAAGUGAGGUGCCAUCUGUCAGAGGGCACCAGCGGGGAGAAGGUGGAGUCGGAGUGUGCGCCGUCCCGGCUGGAGUCCGCCCUGAUGGCGAAAGACAGGGAGGUCCUGCGUCUGCUGGAGAACGUGCAGAGGCUCCAGUUCACCUUACAGGAAGUCCAGGAGACCUCGGCCAAUCGGAUCGCGGAGCUGGAGCGCCGAUUGGCCUAUAAAACGGAAGCUAUCGAGAAACUGGAAGCCAAGCUGCAGUCCCAAGUGGAUUAUGAGGAGAUUAAAACGGAGCUCAGCAUCCUGAAAGCAAUGAAGCUGGCGUCGGCGAACGGCGGCUCGUCACAGGAAUCCUCUAAGGCUGCCGAGGCACUGCUGCUGGACAAAGAGGCCUUCCUGUCCUCUCACAAGUACCUGGUGGAGAAGUCCAGGGUCUUGCAUAGUAAUGAUGAGGAUCAGUCUGAUGAGUCGGGGAAGGAGGCUGGAAGGCCCGUGGGGUCCUACUCCUCCCCUCAGAGGGCCUUACAGAUGGAGGGACGGGCCUCCUCCAGCCCCGUGCCACCUGUGGCUAGCGGCAGCGCCUCCGCCCACGACCUGUCCCGCCCCUUCUCCGUCUCGCCCUUCCCGGGCGAGAAGCUGGGCGGAGACCACCUCCUGCAGAAGCAGCUCCUCUCUCCUCUCUUCAAGAAGGAGGGCGGCACCCUCAUGGCCUUCCCCACGGCCCUCUACGCGGCAAAAGCCGCCCUCAUGUCGUCCAAUCAGGGCUCUGCGGGGUCCGGGGGCGGGGAGGCGGGGCCGCCCAGCGACCAAUCGGAGAGCGGGAGCUCGGGCACUGGAGACGAGGACCAGCUAGACACGGCGGAGAUCGCCUACCAGGUGAAGGAGCAGCUCCUGAAGCACAACAUCGGGCAGCGGGUCUUCGGCCACUACGUCCUGGGCCUGUCCCAGGGCUCGGUCAGCGAGAUCCUGGCCAGGCCCAAGCCCUGGAGGAAGCUGACCGUCAAGGGCAAGGAGCCCUUCAUCAAGAUGAAGCAGUUCCUGUCGGACGAGCAGAACAUCCUGGCCCUGAGGACCAUCCAAGUGCGCCAGCGAGGGAGCAUCACUCCCCGCAUCCGAACUCCAGAAACUGGGUCAGACGACGCCAUCAAGAACAUCCUGGAGCAGGCCAAGAAGGAGAUCCAGUCCCAGAGAGGAGGUGAUGGGAAGUCUGUGGGCAGCUCGUCCGCCAGAAGCAGCAACGGCGGCAGCAGCAGCUCAGACGACACCAUCAAGAGCAUCCUGGAGCAGGCGCGACGUGAGAUGCAGGCACAGCAGCAGGCCCUGCUGGAGAUGGAGGUGUGCGGGCGGGGUGCAGCCGCGGGCGUGGCCGUCGGGGCCGGCUCGGGGGGCCAGGGGGAGCGGCCGGCCCUCUCCGAAACCGCCCGGGGGCCGCAGCUGUCGGCCUUCAUCAAGCAGGAGGACGGGGGCGUGGCGGCGGGGGCAGCGGGGGCGGCGUGCACAGUCAACCCCAUCAGCAGCCCGCAGACCCCGCUGAGCGUCCUGUCCCCUGCUGCCUUCGUCCAGAACAUCAUUCGCAAGGUGAAAUCCGAGAUCGGCGAGGCGGGCGCCUACUUCGACCAGCACUGGUCGGCCGAGCGGAGCGGCGUGCUGGUGGGCGGGGUCGGCGGCGGCGGGGGCGGCGGCUCUCGCCCCUUCACCUCUGUCUCGCCCUCCCUGUCCUCGUCCUCGUCCUCGGGCCACUCUGCCCUGACCCGCCCCUGGCCCCGCCCUGAGAACGGCGAGAGCCUGCCCAACAGCGAAGAGGCUUCGGCUGCCGAGGAGGAGGCGGGCCGGCCGGUGGAGGUGAAGGUGGAGCCGGAGGUUUCGGUGGUGGGGGACGCCCCCUGCCCGGGGCGGCUGUCCUACUACCCCGCCUACAUCCCGCGCACGCUCAAGCCCACGGUGCCGCCGCUGACCCCGGAGCAGUAUGAGAUGUACAUGUACCGUGAGGUGGACACCAUCGAGCUCACGCGGCAGGUCAAGGAGAAGCUGGCCAAGAACGGAAUCUGCCAGAGAAUCUUCGGAGAAAAGGUUCUGGGCCUGUCUCAGGGCAGCGUGAGCGACAUGCUGUCUCGACCCAAACCCUGGAGCAAGCUGACCCAGAAGGGCCGGGAGCCUUUCAUCAGAAUGCAGCUGUGGCUGCUGGAUCAGCUGGGUCAAGGCCUGAGCCAGCCGGCCAAUCACAGCCUCUCCUUGGACAAGAGUCCCGCCACGGCCCGCUCCUCGCCUUCCCCACCCCCCAGCCCGGAGGAGAACCAGCCCAGCCCGCUGGUGGAGCCUGUCAGCCUGGCGCUGGAGAGCAGCAAGGAGAACCAGCAGCCGGAGGGCCUGGGACCCGGAUCCGAGCAGCCAGGGGGCAAGUCCACCCCGAGCCUGCUCUCCACGCAACACCCCCACACCUCGCUGGGCAUCCAGGAGCUGGUGGCCAUGUCCCCUGAGCUGGACACCUAUUGCAUCACCAAGAGGGUGAAGGAGGUUCUGACGGACAACAACCUGGGCCAGCGUCUGUUCGGGGAGAGCAUCCUGGGCCUGACCCAGGGCUCGGUGUCCGACCUUCUCUCCAGGCCCAAACCCUGGCACAAGCUGAGCCUGAAAGGCCGUGAGCCCUUUGUCCGUAUGCAGCUGUGGCUCAACGACCCUCACAACGUGGACAAGCUGAGGGACAUGAAAAAGAUGGAGAAGAAAGCUUACCUGAAGCGUCGGUACGGUCUGCUGAGUGCGGGGUCGGACAGCGACUCGCCCAGCGCCCGCUCUGACUGUGUGAGCCCCGGGCUGACCGCCAUGGACCUGUGCCCCUUUGGCCAGGCCAAGAAGCCGCGCGUGGUGCUGGCGGCCGAGGAGAAGGAGGCCCUGAAGAAAGCCUACCUCUUGGAGCCCUACCCCUCCCAGCACACCAUCGAGAUGCUGGCCUCUCAGCUCAACCUAAAGACCAACACCGUCAUCAACUGGUUCCACAACUACAGGUCCCGCAUGCGGCGUGAGGUGUUGAUGGAGGGGCUUCAGGACAACGACACGGACGCCGAGCUGGCCAACUUCUCUACGCCCCCCGCCCGCAGCCCCGCCUCCGACAGCGAGGACAGGGGCCGGCUGCUCCCCAGCCACAGCCCCCACUACAGCCGCCUGCCCAGCACCGUCAAGGGCCAGCUCAUCGUCAAACAGGAGGCCAGCGAGCUGGAGGACGAGGAGGAGGGGGAGGAAGAGGAGGGGCCGGCGAGGGAGGGGUACAUGAAGCACCCUAAAACCAAGUGCGUUUCCACGGGAAUGCAGUUCCCCCUGUUGAAAACGGAGCGGGAGGAGCAGGCAGCCUGCUACAGGGAGCUCUCCCAGCACUGUCCCAAGAGCCUCAAGGAGGAGGGGGCAAUGUGCAGCCAGGUCCCCGGGGCCUUCCCAGGAUCCCUUUCCCCCGACAGCCCCCAGAGGGCAGGCCAGUCCCGGCAGGAGGGUGAUGACCCCGACAAAUCGUCCGUGGACCCGGUCAGCUUCAAGGCGUCCUCAGAGCCGUCUCGCAGCAGCCUGGAGGUGUCGCUCAACUCGCCCUCUGCCGCCUCCUCGCCCGGGCUCAUGAUGUCCGUCUCGCCCGUACCGUCUUCCUCCGCCCCCAUCUCGCCAUCCCCGCCCAACCCCGCAGCGGCGGCCCCGCCCGGCCACGGCGGCUCGGACCCCUCCCCUCCGCAACUGAACCCCCCCAAACUGAACAAGAGCACUCAGAGACGCAACGAGAAGAUGGCCAACCUCAACAACAUCAUCCACCGGCUGGAACGGGCCGCGAACCGGGAGGAGACGCUGGAGUGGGAGUUCUGAGCGCCGCCUGCCCGCCUUGCUCCGUUCCCCUUUUUAACGUCACUUUGAUUUUUUUCCCCGGAGAACGGGAGCUGCAGACAUGGAGAAGGACUCUGAAAGAGAACGUGUUUCUGGAAGCCUCCGAAGGAGGGGCCUCUCUCUGCGGGGGGAGGAGCCUGGCUCCUCAUGCCCCGCCUCCUCAACCUUCCCUCUAAGACUCCCUCAGAAAGGAAUGGCCUGUGGAGCAACCUUC